GUGUGCUGAAACGUCAGCCUGUGUGUGCAUCUGGAGGAACAAGUGCAUAGUGGAGGCUUCAUCUCCCGGCCAAGAGCACACCGGCACUGCAGCACUCCCAGCAUCCCACCCCAGCCAGCCUGCCUGCAGCACACACCCUGCCCACUCACCUCCACACUGCCCACCCAGAGCCCCCCAGGAUCUGACAGCAAGGAUGCUCUGAAAAAGGAUGGGAGAUAGCCUGGAGUGUCAGCAUCCCUGGCUCCUGGCAUAUUGCUGCUAAAGCCAACAGUUCUGCUGCCCACUGAGACAAGCAACUAGUGACAGAAUUCAUCACAUUCACUUUACAGUAGACUAUCAUGAAAAAUAAUGGCUGCCUUGGGUCUUCUUAGUUACGAACAGAGACCUCUCAAACGACCACGACUUGGACCACCAGAUGUUUACCCCCAGGAUCCCAAGCAGAAAGAGGAUGAACUAACUGCCGUGAAUGUAAAACAAGGAUUCAAUAACCAACCAGCUUUCUCCGGAGAUGAACAUGGAUCAGCUAGAAAUAUUGUCAUUAACCCAUCUAAGAUUGGAGCAUAUUUUAGUAGCAUUUUAGCUGAAAAGCUAAAACUCAACACUUUCCAGGACACGGGAAAGAAAAAGCCACAGAUUAAUGCCAAAGACAACUACUGGUUGGUGACAGCUCGUUCACAAGGAGCUAUUCAUAGCUGGUUCUCUGACCUAGCAGGAAACAAGCAACUGUCUCUUUUAGCCAAAAAGGUACCAAUACUCAGUAAAAAAGAAGAUGUUUUUGGCUACCUGGCCAAAUACUCAGUGCCAUUACUGCGAGCAACAUGGCUGGUUAAGAUGACAUGUGCCUAUUAUGCUGCCAUUUCCGAAGCAAAGAUUAAAAAACGCCAAUCAAUGGAUCCUAACAUGGAAUGGACGCAGAUUCUUACAAGGUAUCUGCGAGAGCAACUGGGGAAGAUUGCUGAAUUUUAUCAUACAAGCUCCAGCCAGUGCAACAGUUCAGUAGUGGUAACACAGGAAGUGGAACAAGCAUUGAAGCACUGGGAAUACAAUGAAAAGCUUGCGUUUUAUAUGUUUCAGGAAGGAUUGUUAGAAAGACAUGAAUACUUGACAUGGAUGUUGGAUGUUUUAGAAAAGGUUCGCCCACUAGAUGAUGAGCUUUUGAAAAUAUUAUUACCCCUUGUUCUACAGCAUUCAGAAGAGUUUGUACAAUCAGCCUAUUUGUCACGACGCCUUGCUUACUUCUGCUCCAAACGCCUUUCUGCCCUGCUCAGCGAUUGUGCCAAUCCUGUUGCAGCACACCCACCUCUGAUGAUGAUGGGAACCAACAACCCAGCUUUAUCUGCUCAAAGUCCAAGUGCAUCAGGUCCUGUGGUCAACUCUGUCCACCUGCCAUGCGCCGAUUUUCAUUCGUGUCCCCAACAUCGUCCACUAGUAUAUGGUCUUAGCUGCAUGUUACAGACUAUUACCCUCUGCUGUCCAAGUGCCUUGGUGUGGAAUUAUUCCACAAAUGAAAGUAAAAACACAAAUCCAGGUUCUCCUCUGGAUCUUCUUCAGAUUGCCCCAUCUUCCUUACCUAUGCCAGGAGGAAGCUCGCUCUUUAACCAGCAGGUUCGGGCAAAAAUUUAUGAAGUGGAGCAACAAAUCAAACAAAGAGGUCGAGCUGUAGAAGUGCGGUGGUCAUUUGACAAGUGCCAAGAAUCCGCUGCAGGUGUCACAAUAAGCAGAGUUUUGCACACGCUGGAUGUCUUAGAUCGACAUUGCUUCGAUAGAUCAGAUUCCAGUAACUCAUUAGAAACGUUGUAUCAUAAGAUAUUUUGCCCAAAUCAAAAUAAGGAUAGCCAGGAGGUGCCUACCAGUGAUGAAGCAGUGGUCACGUUACUGUGUGAGUGGGCCGUAAGCUGUAAGCGUUCUGGAAAACACAGAGCUAUGGUAGUGGCCAAACUUUUAGAGAAGAGGCAGAUGGAAAUUGAGGCUGAGAGAUGUGGUGAAUCGGAGGUUUCGGAUGAGAAGGAAUCUAUUUCAUCUGCUUCUCUUGCUGGAUCCAGCCUUCCUAUUUUUCAAAAUGUUCUCCUUAGAUUUCUGGAUUCCCAAGCACCAUCUUUGAGUGAUCCAAACAACAGUUAUGAAAAGACAGAGUUUGUUAAUUUGGUGUUAUUGUUCUGUGAAUUUAUCCGACAUGAUAUAUUUUCACAUGAUGCUUACAUGUGCACUUUAAUAUCACGAGGAGAUCUGUGUGCUGCUGCGGCCAAUCAUAGACUUCGUUCACCUAUUGGGGACCAAAUUGAUGAACACUACUCUAAAGAGCUCACUGGAAAACUUGAGGAACAUGUUUUGGGGGACCAUAUGGAAAUUGACUCAGGCACAGCCAACCUUUUUGAUGAUGUGGAGAAACAUGACUUCAAGACAGACUUUGGCUCGGAAUUUCCUAUCUUUUCUCCCGUACACGGAGACUGCCACAAUUACGACCCUCCUUCCCUCAAUGGCAGAAUGUCUGGCAGUAGUGAGAAAUCGGUGAAAAAAGACAUGCAGAGAGAGAUCAUUUUUCCAUCCAAUUACGAACUUCUGCGGCAUUUACAAUAUGCAACUCAUUUCCCCAUUCCUCUGGAAGAGUCUUCCAGUCAUGAAUGUAACCAGAGAAUGAUUCUGCUGUAUGGGGUCGGCAGAGUGAGAGAUGAAGCAAGGCAUCAACUACGAAAAAUUACCAAAGACCUCCUGGGGAUAUUGAACAAAUCAAGCACUAGUGAAUCUGAUGCUGGUGAUGAUGGGCAGAAGACAAGAAAAGGAAAACAGGAGUCAUUCCCAUCCCUGGAAAACAUGUUCAUGAGGCUGCAACAGCUUUCAUAUUUCGAUCAGCAUCAUGUCACCUCCCAGAUAUCUGGUAACAUUCUGGAACAAAUUGCGAGCUUUGCAUCAGGAACUUCUUACCACCUUCCUUUGGCUCACCACGUCCAACUUAUUUUUGAUCUCAUGGAACCUGCUCUGAACAUCAAUGGGCUUAUUGAUUUUGCAAUACAGCUGCUAAAUGAACUUGGCGUUGUUGAAGCAGAAUUGCUGUUGAAGUCGUCCAGCCUUGCAGGAAGUUACACAACACGGCUGUGUCUGUACAUUGUUGCAGUUCUCCGGCGUUACCAUGCCUGCCUUAUAUUAAAUCCCGAACAGACUGCACAAGUUUUUGAAGGGUUAUGUGGUGUGGUGAAGCAUGUAGUUAAUCCAUCAGACUGUUCCUCCCCAGAGCGAUGUAUCCUAGCAUACCUCUAUGAUCUCUACGUGUCAUGUAGUCAUCUCCGAAGCAAGUUUGGAGAUCUCUUCAGUAGUGCAUGUUCGAAGGUGAAACAGACUAUUUACAGCAAUGUACAACCGUCCAACUCUAAUGUGUUAUGGGACCCAGAAUUUAUGUCAGAUUUUAUUGAAAACCCAUCUGCUCACAAUGUCAAUCAUUCCAUGCUUGGAAAGAUCCUAAGUGAAAACGCUGCUAAUCGAUAUAGCUUUGUAUGUAAUGUCCUUAUGAACGUCUGUAUGGGACACCAAGAUGCUGAAAGGAUCAAUGAUAUAUCGAAUCUCUGUGCAGAACUGAACGCCUGCUGUGUAGUGCUCAGCUCAGAGUGGCUGGGGGUUUUGAAGGCUCUCUGCUGUUCCUCCAAUCACGUGUGGGGAUUUAAUGAUUUACUCUGCAGCGUGGAUGUUAGUGACCUCUCAUUUCAUGACUCGCUGGCCACCUUUAUUGCAAUUCUAAUAGCACGACAAUGCUUUUCUCUGGAAGAUGUGGUGCAGCAUGUCGCCCUUCCAUCUCUUCUUGCAGCAGCUUGUGGUGAUCCCGAUGCCGAACCUGGGGCUAGGAUGACAUGUCGCCUCCUUCUUCAUUUCUUAAAAACACCUCAAGCCUCUCCAUUUCUUCCAGUGAAUGGGAAGUCAAACCCUGGAAUAUGUUCUUCCUGUGAUCGCCACCUAUUGGCAGCAGCUCAUAACAGCAUUGAAGUAGGAGCAGUGUUUGCUGUCCUAAAAGCUAUAUUGAUGUUAGGUGAUGCUGAAAUCGGCAGCAACAAUGUGAGGUGUUCUAAAUCAGACAAAGUCAGUGUGAACAAUUUAUUGGAAGAUCCAACUUGUGAUGAACUCUUAGGUGUGCAGAAAACACUGAAAUCCUCUGAAAAACCCGUUGUCAUAGAAACAGCCAGUUUAAGUGAAUAUGCUAGAUAUGUUUUGAGAACCAUUUGCCAACAGGAGUGGGUUGGAGAUCACUGUCUGAAGGAACCAGAGAGAUUGUGUACUGAUAAAGAUCUUAUUCUGGAUCCUGUUCUUUCAAACAGACAAGCCCGCAAACUGCUUCAGCUGAUUUGUUAUCCUCACGGAGUUAAAGAAUGUAUAGAAGGAGACAAUAUACAGAGACUUCAUAUUAAGCACAUCCUGCAGAAUCUCGAUCAGUGGACUCUGAGACAGUCAUGGCUGGAGCUUCAGUUGAUGUUGAAGCAAUGCAUGAAGGAACCUGGUUCCAACUCUGUGGCUGAGAUGAACACCCUUUUGGAUAACAUAGCCAAAGCAACUAUUGAAGUUUUUCAACAAUCCGCAGAACUGAACAGUGCCUCGAAUAACUCUGGGAUUAGUCUAUUCAAUGCAAACUGCGCUGGCCAUGCUGAAACUAACAAUACAAGACAGACAAUAAAAUCUGCAUUCUUAAGCUCUUCGGAACGUAGAGGUGUCUGGCUUGUUGCCCCUCUCAUUGCUAAACUACCUACCUCUGUUCAAGGAAGGGUGUUAAAGGCAGCAGGAGAGGAACUGGAAAAAGGACAACAUUUAGGGUCAUCUUCAAAAAAAGAAAGGGAUAGACAAAAACAGAAAAGCAUGUCUCUUUUGAGUCAGCAUCCUUUCCUGUCUUUGGUUCUCACCUGCCUGAAAGGACAGGAUGAACAGCGAGAGGGCCUCCUAACAUCUCUGCAAAAUCAAAUAAACCAGAUUUUGAGCAACUGGAGAGAGGAGAAAUAUCAGGAUGAUGUGAAAGCCAGACAGAUGAUGCAUGAGGCUUUACAACUCCGGCUAAACUUGGUCGGUGGUAUGUUUGACACAGUUCAGAGAAGCACGCAGUGGACUGCUGAUUGGGCUGUUGUACUUCUUCAGAUAAUAACAUCUGGCACAGUUGACAUGCAAACAAAUAACGAAUUAUUCACAACUGUUCUGGAUAUGUUGGGAGUCUUAAUAAAUGGAACACUGGUGUCUGACCUCGCUAGUGUGUCUCAAGGAGGUUCUGAGGAGAAUAAAAGAGCUUAUAUGAAUUUAGUGAAGAAAUUAAAGAAAGAACUUGGUGACAAACGAUCAGAGAGCAUUGAUAAAGUCCGACAGCUGCUUCCUUUGCCGAAAGAGACCUGUGAUGUUAUCACUUGUGAACCAAUGGGAUCCUUAAUUGACACGAAAGGCAAUAAGAUUGCUGGCUUUGAUUCUAUUGAUAAAAAGCAGGGUCUCCAGGUGUCAACUAAACAGAAGGUCUCCCCUUGGGAUUUGUUUGAAGGUCACAAAAACCCUGCGCCUCUCUCUUGGGCCUGGUUUGGAACAGUUCGUGUGGAUAGAAAAGCAAUAAAAUAUGAAGAGCAGCAUCAUCUCCUUCUGUACCACACACAUCCAAAACCAAAGCCCCCGAGUUAUUACCUCGAACCUUUGCCUCUUCCACCAGAAGACGAAGAAGAUGAAGAUGAACCCACGACACCAGUCUCUCAGGAGGCAGAGGGGAAGUCAGUGGAUUUGGCAGAUCAAGGGAAGACAGUGACAGAUGAAGAAAAGAAAGCAAAAGGAAGAAAGCGAAAGACAAAGACCAACCCGCGAACAGAUGAAUAUCCACAAAGUACUAUUUACAGGGUGCCUCCCAAUUUUUCCCCUUUGCCCUCGCAAUUGAUGCACCAUGCCCCAACCACUACAUGGAGUUACAAUAUCAUGGGACAGCAACAGCCGCCGAACUUCUACCUGCAGGCCCAGGCCCUGCCAUCAGGCACUUCCAGACUAGAUUCUACAGGAUCUUAUGUUCCCACAAACACAAAGCAAGCUCUGACAAACAUGUUACAGAGACGUUCUGGCACAAUAAUGCAGCCCCCCGCUAUUCAUUCUAUAACUCCUCAACAGCACUUGCUGCAACUGAAGCUUCUCCAGCAACAACAGCAGCAGAGGCUCCUCAGGCAACAUGUUCAAGCAAGAACGUUGCAUCAGGGUCAAGCGCUUGAACAGGCUGCUUUAUUUUCGCAACAAAUCCGUCCUUCAUCCCAGCCUUAUCCAGGGAUACAGCAAGCACAGCCUAUUCCUCAUGGGUAUACAAUGUACAGUACUCAGGUUCCAAUUCAGCAACAUCAAGGUGGGAGUGUACUCCUUUCACCAAACUACAACCCUAGAACCAAUCAACCAGCUCAUCCCAACUCUGCCCUAAUAGAAAGGCUGCGACAGAUGCAGCAACAGCCAAGUGGCUACAUUCAGCAGCAGGGAGCUACCUUCAUACAACCCUUGGCAAGUAACCAACGAUUUACUCAACAGCCCUUGCAGCAGAAUCCUUUGAUUGGAGGAGGACUUGAGCAAGGGACCAUCCAAGUUCCUCUCUCUAACCUUAGUUCAGUGCAGUUGCCUCAGGAGCACAUGAGACAGAGACCCCAGCAAAUUCGACAACAGAACCUUGCACAGCUUCAGGCGCAACAGAGUCAGCAAGCACUUGGUCUUCAAACAAUGCAAGCGCAGCAGCCAAUGUUCCCAAGACAAGGUUUACAGCAGACUCAACAGCAGCAACAAACCGCAGCCUUAGUCAGACAGCUUCAAAAACAACUUUCUAGUAACCAGCCACAACAAACUGUAAAUUUGUACGGCGAUCCUUCACAUUUCUGAACUUGUGGAGGGACACUGGGAUAUUUCCCGCAUUGCAAUGACAAUUUUUGUCUGUUUCUGUAAAGCCAGUUAAUUAUUUUACUUAUUCUUCUGCGUAUGUGGUAAUGUAACAAGAAUCUCCAUUUGGUAUGUGGUCAUGUUUUGCUUACCGUGGACCUAAUGGUAAACGGGUCUCUGUUUAAUAUUUUAUAUUGUGACUUUUGCUGCUGAUAAGAAAGUGUGACUAAUUAUAAAGAUAUAUUGGACCAAAUCACUAAAGUGUACGAUACUCUGGUUUGAACUCCAAGUAGGCUUAUUUAAAAUGUUUAUAUUGCUAGAAAGUAAAACUUUUUUUUUCUACUCCUAGCU